CAAUCAGAUACAAAAACAGAAAAUAUUUCGACUCUCAUAAAGUUUAUGAUAAACAUAACGCUGCAAGUAAAGUCGACAUAAAUCAAAGUAAUAAAAUAAAUUCUCAACGCUCAAAUUUGGAUACAGAAGAUGCCGAAAGCAAAAAGCAAAUUGAGUAUGAUUUAGCAUAUCAGAAGCUUAAAGAAGAAACUGCUCACAAGAAGAAAUACAUAGAGAAUGAAACAAAGAGCGAUGAAUACUCUUCAGCAGAAUAUUAUAAACAUGAAAAAAUUGACCUUGAAACUCGAAGAGCAAGCGAUUUGGAACCAAAAGGCUUCUGGUCAGGGGAGAAUGAUAAGAAGAUAAAGAAAAGUAAAAAAGCACAAACGAAAACUGUUCAUGACACUAAGCAAGCGGUAUUACAAGAGAAAGAUCAUUCCAUUAUUGAUAAAUUGGACCAAAAAUAUUUUAAACAUAAAGAUAACAAUUUUAAUGACUUCCAAAUCAGAUUUACAAUAAGAGAUAACGAUUUUGUUAAAUUAAAAAAUGAAGAGUUAACACAGAGUAAGGAAGCGGAUAAAGAUAGAGAGGAAGUUACGAAAGACACUAAGAAACAGUUACGUAACCCCGAAGAAAUAGAACAUCAAACAAAACCUGAAGAUGGCAAAACCGAAGGUCGACAUCAUUAUCGCAACCAAUCUCCAAAAAAAAUAUCUAUAGAAUAUACAGAUAUAAGCCUUUAUGAUGGUGUUAGUGAAAAGAAUGACAAGUACAUACCUGAAGAAGAGAACAAAUCGAACUACAAACCAAAAUCACGAGAUGUUGACAAGGAUAAUAAAUUUAAAAACAGUCAACAAGAUGCUAAAUAUAGUCGAGAAAAUAUUCAAGACAGAUCUCAAAUUAACCAUAAAAAAGAACACUUAGGAUCCCAGAAAUACCCUGAUAUUGUAAAUCGUCGUUUGGAAAAUUCAGAUAGCCACACGCCCAAAUAUAACCGACUGCCUAGUAAAGCUAUGCCAAGACGAAUAAAAAGCUUCAGUGUGGAAAGAUUUGAAAAAGCUCAUAAACAGACUCUAGAUCAGUACGUUGAGCAGGAAAUGAAUGAUUACCACAAUCCUGAAGUUUUGCCACCUCAAGUACCUCAUAGGAAGUUGAAGCCCAUACACAAGCCUUCUAAAAUAAUUUCUCGAGCUAAUGAACGCCUAGAUCCUAUAAGAAAGCCAAGGGAAGACGGUGUUGAACUAAUAAAAGUUAAUAAACCUGGAGAAUCUGAAGAAGACGGACAAGGUUUCAAUAAACCUGUGGUUCAAAUUGAAACGACUACAUUGAAACAAAUUUAUAGAUCUGACAGCGAACACUUAGACAAACGUCCUAUUGACGAAUUCAUAAACAUUGAAAAAAAUAUCCAAAAUAAUAAAGUUGAAGAACAUGUAACUAAAUCUCGAUACGAGCAGUAUUUACAACAUUUCCAUGAUAAUAAUGAUGCUAAUAAUCAAAAUCAUUUAAAAAAUGAUAAAUAUGCAGAAAAUCCUAUGAGUAAUUUAAAUGAAAAUGGAGAAAAACCAGAAAAAUACGGUGAAAGAAGACCAACACAAGUUUAUGAAUCACGGCCACAUUCCGAAAACCAACCUGAAGACAGAUAUAACCCGUCUCUUAAACCGGUCACUCCAAAUUACCAAAAUGAAAUGGAUACAAGAGGUGUUGGAAAAGAUUAUGAUAGACAACGGGCUAUUGAUACUAAUUACGGUAACUACCCAGAAAAUUAUAAAACUCCUAGUAUUAACAAUGAAAGUCCUCAACGUUCAUUUCCGGGGUCGCCUGAAGGUGUAAAUCAAGAACCAUAUCUAGGUGCAGCUCAAAAUGACCCUAUUAAAAAAGAAAGCUUAAGAUUUGGGCCCAAAAUACGAAUUGAAGAGAAACCAGGAUAUCGCAUUGAGUACUUCGAUUUUAGGCGACGUUAUCGUAAGAAAAAUAACAUUUCUGGUGCGAAACGUAAGUUGGACUCACGAAGAAAUAUCGAAUUGAAUAUUAUGAGAAAGGAUUACUCCAAUAAUACAAAAAGUAAAAUAAGUAAAGAUCUAAUCAGACAAUGGAGAAACGAUGGCAAUGUAGAAAAUGAACAAAAACCUAGCGGGCUUAAAAGAAGGCGAAGAACUUCAAAGAAGACAGAUUUUAGUGUUAUUGGACCUCGAGAAAUAGCAUAUUUGAAAGAGAAAUAUAAUACACUUUCGCGUGCUGAACAAAGCGAUUCAAAAAUUUCUAUCAAUACGGUGGAAACUAGCGAGCAAGAUAAUCACGGUGAUAAUUCUAUUCCGAAAAAAGACAAUGAUAUUGCUACUAAAAAUGAUGAAAAAAUGAUUUUAAGUAAUUUUAGACGUCGGAAAGAGAAACAUGGAACAAAAAAAUAUGAAAAGAAAAAAACUCUUGAAAAACCGGUAGUUACUGAAAAUGUUGAAAAAGAUGACGUGCUUAAUCUAACUGAUGCUUUAAUUGACAACAAAGUUAAAGAGAACAAUGAAACAACCAUGACUGAUGAUUUGGAGGAAAUGGAAGAUAUGGAGGAAAAAAAUUACAGAGAAAAUUUCAAAAGCAAUGUAUGGAGUGCCUUAAAAAAAAGCAUUUUAGCUCGUCAUAGCGAGAAUAAGACAGAUAAUAUUCUGCUUUUAAAAACGGCUGCAACUUCACAUGUCCCAAAAACGGAUUCGAAUGUUUCUGUUAUAAAAAGACAACAACAUAACCAAAAUAACGAUAAAAUGGUAGUUCCAACUCAAAUUACUGAAAAAUCAACUACACUUUGGGAAGAAAGAUAUGAAAAUCUCUAUAUACAAAAGCUUCAAUAUCCUGAGAACACUCGCAAAUACAAACACGAUAGAAAUUAUGAUGAUAACAAUAAUCCGUUCAUGGAAGAAUUAAAAUUUAGCCACAAAAUACGUAAACAUGGUAGAGAUACAGAUAAACGCCUUUCAAACAGUCGUGUAGAGGAUAAUAGUAAAAAUUAUCAAAACAUUAGUAUUUCAAAAUAUGGAAACACAGACAAUAACGAUGACAAUUUGAAAUCUGAACGGCGACAUGAAAAACAUUAUAACGAUUACAAUAACCGAGAACAUUUUCGACACAAUAACAAACAUGACGAUGAACAGGAUGACAUCGACAUUACCAAUGAUAAUAGUGGUAAUGAAAAAAAACGAGAACAUCACAAAAGUGAUGAUUACGUUAUCGUUGAUCAUUACAAUAAAAAUAAAGACCGCAUCGAUUAUACAGAUAAGGAUAGUAACUAUGCGAAGUUAAAAAAUAAGUUUCACCGAAAUACACAUCAUAAAAAUGAUGACAGCGAUCAUAAAACAGAAAGCAACGAAAAAACUCAUAACAAACCUUUUGAUGACCAAAAAAUUUUUGAUAGGAAAAGUAUUGAACAUGAGUUUCUUAACAAACAUCGUGUUAAAUACGACAAUGUUAUGAAAAAAUCUACGGAAAAAGACGUUGAUUACGUUAAAAUGAAAAGAGAUCAUAAAUAUACUAUUACACAUUCCGAAAGUGAACACGCCAAUAGUGAACAUACAAUAAUUGAACACGAUCUACCUGAAGUCCGCGACAUUAGUGUUUCGACUAGAAACAAAUCAGAAGCAGUACGAUUUAGAACCACAAAUGAAACGAAAUUUCAUAAAUCUAACAAAGGACGGGCAAGAUCUGAUAAUGAUGAUGAUGGUGAAGAUGAUGGUAAAACCACAUCGCCACAUGACACGACGACUGGAUAUGACGACUUAUCCGAUUCCAAAUUUAACUUCAUAGUACUGUUAGUUCAUGAAUUGGAUCACUAUUGCAAAAGCGUAUGUACUGCUGUAACAAUAACUCUAAAUUUUGCACUAACCGCUGCUCACUGCAUACCACCCGAACCAAAACCAACCUUGCACAUUAUGUACGACAAUUAUAACAAUAUACAGAGAAGUAAACAUCGCAAUAAAACGGAACCUACAAAUAAUGGUAACGAUUUAUUAGAUACACGUGAUUCCACAACGGUGCUGAAAAUAUAUAAACAUCCAAACUACAGACAAGUGUUUAUAAAAAGAGAUCCCAGUACAGAUGACUUACAUUCUUCAACUGUCAACGACAUUGCUAUGUUGAAAACUCAAUAUAAUCUUCCGCAACCUGUAGGAAAACUUUCAGCUUUCGAAUUCAACUCGCUACUCGGUGUGUCCGUAAACUUCUACGGCAUGGAAAACAAUAAUUGUACAAAAGGAGCCUUAGCAGACAUCACAUUAAGACAGGGGGAUAACAAAUAUAUUUUACGAACAUAUUCUGGUGCAGUUACCACCUGCAAUGUUAAAGCUGAAGGCAUAACACUGUGCCUCGCACCAGAAUGUAACCAACAUUUGGGUGAGAAUUUAAAUAUCCUGGAAGGGGGACCGGUUAUUUUUUCAAAUAGAGUUGUUGGUAUUGUCAACGAAAUUGAGCCAGCGAUUACUUUCAUACCUGUCAGCCCAUAUUUAGAUUGGAUCACGCAGAUACUAGACCAAGGAAAACCUGUAAAAGUUCAAAACACAAUGCCUGUACUGCCCUAA